AUGGAGAUGGAUUCGUUGAGAGUUGAGUCUAGUCUGUGGAUCGGUAAUAAGCGGUACAGGGCUUUCCUAAGCGGAUGGUACUUCAGCUGGACUGAGAUCGACAAGACGAACCGGGAGCAGAAAACAAUGACUGAACGUACAAAUCAGGCCAGAGACUACAUCCUGAAGAAAGAUGUAACAGGGUUUGAUGGAGUCAUAUGCGUGGGUGGAGACGGCAUGUUCAGUGAGCUGCUGCACGGUGUGAUUGGACGAACCCAGAAGGAGGCGGGAAUUUCAGAACACGAGCCGACUGUAAUGCUGCAGCCGUGUGACCUCCACAUUGGCAUUAUUCCAGGAGGCUCUACAGAUUGUGUGUGUUUCACUACCAUAGGCAUAAAUGACCCUGUGACAUCGACGCUGCACAUCAUCAUUGGAGACUCUCAGCCUCUGGAUGUGUGUUCUGUCCAUUAUCAGUCAACACUGGUGCGUUAUUCAGUCUCUAUGGUGGGUUAUGGUUUUUAUGGAGAUGUUUUGGCAGAGAGCGAGAGGCACCGCUGGAUGGGCCCUCUUAGAUAUGAUUAUUCAGGUUGUAUGGUGUAUUUGUGUAACAGGAGCUAUCCGGGACUAGUGCAAUAUCUCCCUGCUGAUUCCCAUAUCUCCAGCCCAAGGGACAACACUCGCUGCCUCUCAGGGUGCAGAGUAUGUUCAGAGAGCAAAGAGAGGCUGUUCCCCCACUUUGAAAGCUCCAGUUCCCUCUACAGCACUAAUGUGAGCCAAUACAGCAGUGAGUUGGAGGGUGAGUGGGUGACUGUUGAAGGCAGGUUCAAGUGUAUCUCUCUCGCCUGUAUUUCAAGCUCAUGUCCACGGAGCCCAAAGGGUCUUUCGCCAUCCGCUCACUUGGCCGACGGGACGGCAGACCUCAUCCUGGUGCGAGAAACAAACCCUCUGGGCUUUCUCACGUAUCUUCACAGGCACACAAACACGCAGGAUCAGUUUGACCUGCCCUUUGUUGAAGUUCAUCGUGUCAAGGCUGUUCGGUUUUCUCUACCCCCUGGAGGAGAAGAAGAAGAAGAGGAGGAGGAGGAGGAGGGUGAUCGAGAAAUUCAAGCCUCCGCUGAGAGAGUACUGGAGGAUCCUGAGAAACUGAGCAGUAGCAACGCUGCAGGUCACUCACAGCAGCAUCUUGCAGGGAGGAAGGAGAGAGGAAAUGUGACAACGAGUAGAGUAAAGAGACGAGGCUUUGUGUGUGGGCCCUGCUGCACUAAACCUCGCUCAAUAUCAGUGUGGAACUGCGAUGGAGAAAUUCUACCUCACACAGAGAUCUCAUGCAGAGUUCAUGGCCAGCUGGUUCGUCUCUUUGCCAGGGGCAUCGAGGAUUCUACAAUCUAACAAAAGAGAUGUGAUCAUCCUAACAGAUGACCUCUUUAUUGCCCUCAUCAUGAGGACUUAAUUGGAAGGGAGAUCAAAUAUUAUGUAAAUAAUAUGUAUGAUAGGUGAGAGUCUUAAAAGGUGAACGUAUAAGACAUACAGUGAAGCAGAGAUGUCAUUUAAGCUCAUUUCACAUUUGUUAACGUGAUAUUUCAGCUGUUCCUAUAUUUUCAUGGAAAUAUCGAGAAUAGUGAUUCCAUCAACAUAUUUGGGUGAUGGAUCAGUUUUAGAUCUGUCAUUAUAUUGUUAAUUUCACUGAAUUUAUAGCUUUUUUUUGCAGAGCAAAAAAGUAUUUAUGCAAUGUUUUAGUGCAAUCUGACAGGUGAUGUUAAAUGUUGUCACGUUUAUUUAAUAGAGGUUUUGCACAUAAGUGAGAGCACUGGUUGUCUGUCUAGGGCUUGUACAUGGAAGUCACAAACAGAGUGAAUAACAUGUUUUAAUGGAGUGGACUUAUUCCAGUCAGCAUUCUAACAGCUCAGAUGGAAUGUGCAUGUACAGGAUGUCAAUGGGUUUAAUGUUCAAAUCAUGAAUUAAUAUAUGUGUGUUUGUCCAAAUAAAGUGUCAUGAAUGUCUACAGAACCUUGAUAUGCUUAAUACACAUGAAGACGGUGCUCAUAGAGCGCAGGAGUUUUGAACGGGAGUAUGAGUUAUUUUUGCCACUUUAUAGGAUGUGAACCGUUAAAUACACACACU